CCACGAAAGUUUUCCACUUUUAUGACGAAAGAAACGAAACAGAAAAAAAUAAAACGUAUAUAAUUAAGUGCGACACAGAUUUCUACAGCUUUUACUAUAAUGCCAAAAUAGGAGAACUGAUUGUGUUAAUGCCGUACGCUCUUUACGUCUUGAUUGCCUUGAUCUUUAUACCAGAACAAAAUAAAAAAUGGUUUCUACGGCGUAAAUGGCGUCAAUGGGUCAGGCUUCUUGACGCAGACCAAGAUGGCGUCAUCAGCGCUGAUGACAUGGAAAGGACUAACGCCAAGCUGGAACAGAUUCGUAGACUUGUUGGUGCCAGAAAUACUCCUUUGUCUGCUCAAGAACAAAAGAAAUGGUGGAACAACAACAUUUUUAAAAGUGGUCCUGGAAAAAGCAUAUCAAUGACUGAUUACAUAUCUUGGUUGGAAUCAAGCGCUCCUCCUCAUGAAAUGGCAAGCAAACUUAAACCAAUGGUUACAGGAUUCUUCAAUUUCUUCUCUACGGAGGAUUAUGAAAAGAAAAACCUCAUCAUGAGUGAAGAUGACUUUGUCAAGUUCUGGACCAUUCUUGCCGAUAUCAACGAACGUCAUUGCAGAGAAGUUUUUGUUAAGCAUAUUCCUUCACCACUAACGAUGGCUUAUUUCAUGGAGGACUUUGUGGCUUUUCUUUCGCAUAAUGAAUUUUGGAAUGAAUAUGGCUACAGAGUAUUCAACAUUCUGAAAUAUAAAGACACGAGUAGAUGCUGCAGAGUAUGAAAAUUCUAAUAAACUUCUUCACACGCCAGUUUUUCACUAUCACAAUGUUUUAGUUCGGGCUUAAAAGAUAUCAAGAAUGAAAAAAAUACUAUAUGAGAAUAACAACCGUUACAUAUGGAAUACGUUCUGCUUGAUUGGUUGUGAAAAUGUCCAUUUGUAUGAAAAAAAUAUCUCAUCAAUGUGUGUUUUUUGCCCGGAAGACGUGAUGUAAUUGUUUAUCAGCCUUGUCAUUUUACACUCACAUACAUGUAUAGAAUUUUUAUUACGGUUAAAGACAUUGGAGGUUGUACAUUUUCAAAUUACUCCAUAAGCAACAACAAUACAAAUGAAACAACUGAUUAAUUCUUUUGAAUGAAUCGAGAAAUACUGUUAUUACUCAUGUCUAAGGUAUCUGUGUUCUUAAACUUGUAUCUACACGUAGAAUACAAAACUAUGAUAAAUGCGUGCAUUAUUCCAGACUCAAUAAA